AUGAGAGGACCAGGGACACGGACAGACACUCAUGCUGCCCCCCACGCGGUGCCCGCGGAAGCACCAGCAGCAGCGGCAGCAGCGGCAGCAGCAGCAGGAGCAGCAGGAGAAGCAGGAGCAGCAGCAGCAGCAGCAGGAGCAGCAGGAGCAGCAGCAGCAGCAGCAGGAGCAGCAGGAGCAGCAGGAGCAGCAGGAGCAGCAGGCACGGAGUACCUGCUGGCGUCAGAGGUCCCCACGCGGUGCCCACCUGCUGAGAUGAGAGGACCAGGGAGACGGACGGACACUCAUGCUGUCACGUGUUGCUCGUUUCUCAAGUCUCCACUCUACAUGCCAAAUUCUAAGCACUCAGCUCUUCCCUCACUCCUCUUCCACCGCACUCUGCUGCCCCCCACACUCUGCCUCUCUCUGCCUUCCUCACACUCUGCUUCCCCUGCAACCCCUGUUCCCCGCUAUCUUCUCCCCCCUCACUCUGCUUCCCCCCACUCUCCUCCAUCCCCUGAUUUGCUGCAUCUCCUGCAUCUCUGCUUCAUUUCUGCUCCAUCUGCAUCGUCUGCUUCAUCUGCAUCGUCACUUCACUUCACAGCACCAGCAGCAGCUCAUGGGCGGGAGGUAGGAGCGAGGAAGAUAGCAGCUGGCCCUCUCUUCUGCUCCCAGCAGCUGCCAGUCGUCUCCAACUGUUGCCGCCACCGCUGGUGCAACUUCUAUCAGACCCUUCUGCUGCCACCGCUAGUGUCACUGAGGGCCUUCUCUUCUGCUGCCACCGCUAGUGUCACUGAGGGCCUUCUCUUCUGCUGCCACCGCUAG